AUGGACGCAGUCAUCGACGAAACCCUCCGACUAUUCCCGCCCCUCCUGUUCCUGAAUAGGGUGGCCACUGAAGAUUACGAGCUAAAGAGCACCUGUAUUACCAUCAAAAAGGAUCACGUGGUGCACAUCCCAACCUACGCCAUGCAUAGAGACCCGGAAUACUUUGCAGAUCCGCAAGUGUUCAGACCGGAGAGGUUUUUAUCGGAAAAUAUAGCCCACAAUCCCUAUACGUAUAUACCAUGGGGUGCCGGCCCUCGAAACUGUCUGGGCACCCGAUUGGCUCAGUUGGAGAUUAAAUUAGCCCUGGUCAAUCUCGUACAUCGUUAUGUUUUCCACACAAUAGACGUAUUAUUAAACCAUUGGAGCAAAGUGUUUCCGGUGAUCUAAUUAUAACGAAAUCA